GAAGAGUUCUCUAUCCUCAUGCAGUAAGACACAAUAUCUAUUCACUUAGUUGUUCGAUGUCUUCCGUCCAUUGACCUGCGUCUAUACUGAUGUCUUUGUCUUCUAUCCUGCCAAGGUCCUAAAAUUAAUAGUUACCCAUCUAUCAUCGUGUCGCUUUCUAUUCCACAAUCCCUGCCCACAUAUCCCAUCCUCCAAGAAUCGAUUCUCUCCUCAGGAGCUUCAGUGUACCGCGCCGUCAAACAGCUCUACUCUAGUUCACGCAUACCUUAAAUGUGGACGAGCUACUGUAUUAUUUUUUGACUCUUGCACUCCGGUGAUAUGAAACCGGUGACUCAAUUACUACAAUGGAGGACAGCUUUCCUCCGCUGCCGGGAGCUACAGGGCCCAAUGGCCUAGUGGGCGGAGGAGAGGCAAGGGUCUUAAACCAGCAGCAAACAGGAGAGGGCCGCUUCGGCGUCACGAAGACAAAAAUAUUAUGCUCCGAUGUUGAUGUUGUCUUGGAGUUCACGCCUUCGCCGUCGUCUGGUGCACGGAAAUUGGCGCAUAUGAAGUACCUCAUGGGUGUUUCAAGCACGGCUUUGAAAGAAUCAAGCACGUAUUUCAGAGUGAUUUUAGAUCCUGACAAGUUUCGGGAAGGGCGAGAGCUUUUUGAAAAGACGGCUCAAUUAGAUGCGAAAUACGGAGCUGGUGAAGUGUCCAUGAAUGAUGAUGAAGCUGCAUUCGCAGAAUUGCCUACAAUCAGCAUCGAGCUACCGCCGCUUGCUGGUGUAUUUGAUAAGGCAGAUCUAAUUGAGACGUUUUUGAGAGUGUUAUAUCUUGGCAGUGCAAUGUCGCACGAUGACCAGAAUAUACAAGACAUUCUCAAUCACCUUGCGAAGAAAUCGAUUUCAUUCGUGGCCAAUUUGAUCGUUCUUUCUGACAAGUUUGGUGGCCAGGAGGCGCUCAAACGGGCUCUGAAUAUUCCGCUAGACGGGGUAUCCAAAUCUGUGGGCCAGACACUGAUAUCCAAGACACUACGUCGUCUCCAGUCUUCCCGGGUUGAGGACGAAGAGCGCACACGCCAAGCCAUAUAUUUUGCCUUAUUUCUGGGGUCCAAUGACGGAGUUUUGGCUUUCACACAUAUGCUAAUCAUUGACGGUUCCAGGGAGUGGGUAUCUGGCGGCGGAGAUGGAUGGGUCGGUAUCGAUAGGCCGCUAUGGUGGCAUCUUCCGCACGGAAUUGAAGAGGAGCUCCGCUUCCGUCACGAAUCCAUCCUAGAUACAAUCACAGAUUUGCAAUCCCAUUUUCUCCGCGCAUACGGCGCCCUACCCCCAGAAUCUUCUCCACAUUCUCCUCAAAUAACGGACCCCAGUAUAUCUGCAUUUCCGCUACAGCCACCACAGCAUUCAAUGCGCCUACAGUGCCGUCGAAUGUACGAAAAUUCCCGCGCCUGCGACUCCUUCCACCUGGGAGAAAUUAUCCGUUUUUUCACCACACGAACCAAAACCCUGCAUCUGGAAUCUACCUUACCACCGCACAUGCAUGAUUCUGGUGAUUCUGAGGACGAAAACGCAGACCAUGUGACUCACAACACUACUAACUCCACCCAACCCCCUCCGCCACCAACAAACAUAGCAACCCUCCUCGCCUCCCUCCGCCAAUGCCCCGAAUACCAAAUCGACCCCAACCACAUCGGCUGCGGUCUGCGCCGCCGCCUACUCCCAGCCCUCGACUGCCUCGCCAGCUUCACAACAAACAGCACCAACGCCGUUGGCAUUUGCCCCUCGCACUUCAACAGCGGCAACGACAAUAGCACCAACCCAUACGCGUCAAUGGCAACGAGGUGCGCGAGAGUGGGUUCGUGGCGGAAUCAUGCGUUCCGCGAUGCGAUCAUGGUCGGCAUUGGGGCCGGGAAAGUCGAUUCUAUCACCUACUUGAAUGACGGGCGUGCGAAUGGGGCGCUUGCGGAGAUGUGUACGUGUGUGGUGAAUGCGGAGUUGGCGAGAGCGGCGUUCACGGCUCGGAGGAGGGCGUGGAAUUUGUGAGAUUGGGGAGAGGAGGACUUGCUGUUGUUGUACAAUGCAUAGUACCAGUGACAGAGGUCGGGGAAGGGAGGAGGAGGAAAUGGUUGCGGUUUUUGCAUACCAUGCGGGGGAGAUUUAUCAUAGAUGUUGGCCUAUGUCUUUUAUUUUAUUGUAGUAACUUUUUUUUUUUUUUCUUUUUUUUUUGCUUGAUAAAUAUUAUAUUCCUCCAUCCUCCGAUCUCCUUGG